AUGGCCUCCGGAUUUGAAGUCAUUGGGCUAGCUCUGGCGGUCUUCCCUGUCCUUGUGGAAGGACUGAAGUUCUACAUGGAGAAGAAAGGCCGUGUGCGAGAUUUUAUCCGUUACCGACAUGUUCUCAAGCGCAUCAUCCGCGACCUGUCUCGUGAGCAGAUCAGCUUUCGGAACUCCAGUCAGCGGUUUCUUGAAGAUGUUUCCAUGAUCUAUGGACUCAGCCCGAAUGAUAUCCACGAGAUGAUGCGGGAUCCACAAGACAACCGUUGGCGUAAGGAAAUUCCGUUCCAGGGCGACGACCUCAAAGAAAGGUCGGUGGCUGUAUAUUUAGAAACAGUGGAAGAUAUGAAUGAGGCCUUAAAGGGAAUCCAAGACAUGGUGGGGAUUCGCGAGGACGCCCCGCCUGCGCUUUUGGGCAAAUCCACCUUUCGCAGGCAGUGGAGCAAAAUCAUUCUGGUGAUUGGCGAAGAAGAUAUCAGAAAGCACCUCGACCGCGCGCGUGGGCUUAAUGUGUUUUUGUCUCAGCUUACAGAGCAAAACAAACCCAGGGUUCCGGCAGGUGGUCUUUUGCAAAGAAGCACCCUGCAUUAUGAGCAAAUCCAAGCACACGCUAUUGAACUCUAUGAGAUCUUUCAAAUUAAGUUCUCGACUCCGCUGACCUGCAACUGCGCUCUUGGGCAUACGGUCAAUAUGAAACUCGAGUUCCGUAGCGCACAGAUUCUGACAGCAAAGGGACUCCACUUCCAUACGAUUUUUACCUUCGACCAUGUUGAGCCAGAUAUUACACCUCCGUGUAACUGGCGGGAAAUAGAGAUGGAGCCACUGGGAUCGUCGCGGCUUUGUCUUGAUCGGCAGAUUCUUCAUAAGGCAGUGACCCUUACCGUAGAGUCGUCCGCCAUCCAAACAACAGAUCCGACUGUUUCAGAAAUCUCCAACCUGUGCGCAGUCAUCAAAAGGCCAAUUGAAACAGGUGUUUGGCUAGGUUACCUGACCGAUAGCCAAUGCCACCGGCAUCGUGUCCGUGUUCUAGCACUGGAUUCACUUCCAGUAGCUUCAUACACGAUACAAACAAUUUCUCUUGCUGCGGUUCUUGACCAUAGAGAAUUCCGCCAAGAAUCCAGAUGUCGGCUCGGGCUCAAGCUUGCCUCUUCUGUGAUGCAGCUUCACGCAACUCAGUGGCUUGCAAAUCAUUGGAACAAGACAGAUAUCUCUUUCCCGCUCUUUUCGGAUGGAAAAAUUGAUUUCAACAAUCCACUGAUCAAGCGCAGCUUCGGUUCUAAGGAUGAGACUGGUUCUUCAGCAUCAGUUACCCCUAAUUAUAAGAAAGUCCUAAAAAGAUGUAUAGGAGGCUUGGACGCAGCUUUCGAAUCACUGGAGCAGGGGGCUCUUAAGGAUGAGGUGGAACAAAAGAUCAUUCUGCCACUGGAAGAGGACCUGAAGUUUUACUGUGACAAGAACUGUAUUGCAGACUGUGUGUGA